AUGCAGCAUCACCAGGACGGCGCCGGGUACCCCUACGGGUCGCCGCCCACCGGCAUGGUCUCGCUCUCGCCGCAGCCGGGCCCGGCGACCAUGUCUGUCCCGUAUCCGUCCCCGAUGCUGCCGCCGCCGACGGGCGCGAAUUUCGAUGAAUUGGCAGUCGCUGUGACGGGCGGCGGCGGCGGCAACUUCCGCCACGACGAGGACAUGGGCAUGCCGGUCGACGCCGGCUCGGGAGCUGGAGGGUCCGGCAGCCGGUGGCCGCGGGAGGAGACGCUGGCGCUCAUCAGGAUCCGGUCGGAGAUGGACGGCGCCUUCCGGAACGCCGCCCUCAAGGCGCCCCUCUGGGAGGAGGUCUCGAGGAAGCUUGCGGAGCUGGGCUACCGCAGGGGCGCCAAGAAGUGCAAGGAGAAGUUCGAGAACGUCGACAAGUACUACAAGCGCACCAAGGAGGGCCGCGCCGGGCGCCAGGACGGCAAGACCUACCGCUUCUUCUCCGAGCUCGAAGCGCUCCACGCCGCCGCGCCGCCGCAGCAGCACAACCAGACGGCAAUAGCAACCACAACGACGCAGCCGCUGGCAGUGGCGCCCCAGGUGGCGCCUGCGGUGCCAGCGAAUCCUGGCGCCGGCCUGCUGCCGGACCUCGGCUUCUCGUCGAGUUCGGAGUCGGAGUCUGACGACGAGUCCGACGAGGAGGAGGACCAGGCAGGCGACAUCGGCGGGAGGAACAAGACUGUCAUGGCGCUCUUCGAGGGGGUGAUAAAGCGGAUCACUGAGAAGCAGGACGAGUCCCAGCGGAUGUUCCUGGACACGCUCGACAAGUGGGAAGCGGACCGCACCGCGCGGGAGGAGGCGUGGCGGCGGCAGGAGCUCGCCCGCAUCAGCAGCGAACGGGAGCAGCACGCACGGGAGCGGGCCGCCUCGGCCGCCCGCGACGCCGCGCUCAUCGCCUUCCUCAAGCGCGUCGGCGGGACCUCCGUGCUGCCGUCGCCAAUGCCGCCGGUCCACGCGCCGCCUGCUCACGUCGGCUCGCUGCAGCUGGUGGUCGCGCCGCCGCCCAAGGCGGACGUGGGCGGCCGGGCAGGAGGAGGAGAGGGCAGCGGGGGGAUGUCGCGGUGGCCCAAGGAGGAGGUCGAGGCGCUCAUCCAGCUGAGGAUGGAGAAGGACGAGCACUACCAGGGCGUGGGGACGGCCGGGGCCAGCAAGGGUCCGCUGUGGGAGGACAUCUCAGCCGGCAUGCGGAGGAUCGGCUACAACCGGAGCUCCAAGCGGUGCAAGGAGAAGUGGGAGAACAUCAACAAGUACUUCAAGAAGGUCAAGGAGAGCAACAAGAGGCGGCCCGAGGACUCCAAGACCUGCCCCUACUUCCACCAGCUCGACGCUAUCUACCGCAAGAAGCAGUUCGCCGGCAGCGGCGGCGGCCGCGGCGGCUCUAGCCCUGCCACCGGGAACACCAUGGCCACGACCACCGCACACCAGCAGUGGCGCGAGCUCGAGGGUAAGAUGAGCAAUGACUCUGACAAGAGGUACAUCGUUGGAGGCGAGAGCCUGCAUGCUCCACCCGGCACCGGCGAGCCUCCAAAGGCCACUAACAAGGUGCUUGACGCCAUCGCUACAAACAAGAAGGCUGAAGACAGCAUGACGAUGGCAACGGAGGCAAACAUGCAGACCCGACAGAAGGAGCUUGCGACGCCGGACGAGACGGACAGCGACGACACCCAAGGCAACUACACCGAUGAAGGCGACGACGACGGCAACGAGGAUGAAAAGAUGAAGUACAUGGUAGAGUUCCAGAAGUCCAAAGAGGCCGGAAGCAGCAGCACACCACCUGCCCCGGCGACAGUUUCUGCCCCGACAAGCAGCAGCACAUUCCUGGCCGUUCAGUAGACGGCAAAGAAAACCAGGCAUCACCGUCAUCUUCCGUCCAUGAGCACCAGCAAUCUUCGGCGACAUCCUAUACCAUUUCUUGAUUUGUUUCUGUAAUAACAACCUCAAAUUAUCCAAGACAAAUAGUAGUAUCAAACAAGAGGCCCCCCUCUGUUAUUCCUCAAUUAGACUGAAAAACAGAGUAGGUGCUUGAGAAAUAGAACUCAUAAACAGCAAGUUCGUUGUAGGACAUGCCAUGUUUUUGUCA